CGGGGACGGCAGGCUGGGGCCGGCGGCUGGGGGCAGCCGUGCACAGCAUGGGCGGCCCGCGGGCCUGGGCGCUGCUCUGCCUCGCACUGCUACUCCCAGGAGGCGGCGCCGCGUGGUCCGUCGGAGGCACCCCGUUUUCUGGACGCAGGAACUGGUGCUCGUAUGUGGUAACCCGUACCAUCUCAUGCCAUGUGCAAAAUGGAACUUACCUUCAGCGAGUGCUGCAGAACUGCCCCUGGCCCAUGAGCUGCCCAGGCAGCAGCUACAGAACUGUGGUGAGACCCACAUACAAGGUGAUGUACAAGACAGUGACCACCCGCGAGUGGAGAUGCUGCCCUGGACACUCAGGAGUGAGCUGCGAAGAAGCUGCAGCCUCCUCUGGCUUCGUGGAGCCGAUGUGGUCGGGCAACACCAUGCGGCGAAUGGCGCUUCGGCCCCCAGCCUUCUCAGGUUGUCUCAACUGCAGCAAAGUGACAGAGCUGGCCGAGCGACUGACAGCACUAGAGGCCAAGGUAGCCAUACUGACUGUCACCGAGCAGGCAGUUCCUCCAACCCUACCUACCCCUGAAGACCCUGCGCCACUCUGGGGCUCCCCAGCUGCCCAGGGCACCCCUGGAGAUAGAGGCCUCCAGGGGCUACCAGGAGCCAGAGAGACAGCAAGGGUCCCACUGCUCCCUCGAGAUGACCGAGUGGGUACGCGGGGGCUGCCGGGCCCCACCGGCCCCAAGGGAGAUGCUGGUAGCCAGGGCCCAGUGGGAAUGAGAGGCCCGCCAGGUCCACAGGGUCCACCAGGAAGCCCUGGCCAGGCCGGAGCUGCAGGCAUCCCUGGAGAGAAGGGACCUCCAGGCCCACCAGGGCCUCCUGGCCCCCCGGGACCCCCAUCCCCUGUUGGGCCACCUUAUGCCCAGAUCUCCCAGCAUGGGGACUCAUUACUGUCUAACACCUUCACUGAGACCAGCAGCCACUGGCCUCAGGGACCCACUGGUUCCCCAGGUCCUCCUGGCCCUCCAGGACCCAUGGGUCCCCCUGGACCUCCUGGCCCCACAGGGGUACCCGGGAGUCCUGGACACAUGGGACCCCCAGGCCCUACUGGACCCAAAGGAAUUCCAGGCCACCCAGGACAAAAGGGCGAAAGAGGAGCACGUGGGGAGCCUGGCCCCCAAGGCCUCACAGGGCAGCAGGGAGAACCUGGCCCCAAAGGAGACCCUGGUGAGAAGAGCCACUGGGUCGAAGCCUUCAUCCCUUAUUCAAACAGGGAAACUGAGCUCCAACUCUGCAGAGAAAACCUGUGGCAAAGCCUAGACUUGGCCUCCUGCCACUGCGAAUGGAUAUGCCAUCCCCAUCUUCAGGGUGGUCAUCAUGGGAAGGGGAAGGAGGACCUGGAGUCAGCAGAGGGAGUUUGGCUGUAAUAACAGAUGGUGUAGUGGCCUCCCGGAGAAGAUAGACUAAGCUAAAAGGUGCAUAACCAGGUUCAGGGUGUCAGCAGGAGUGGGAACACCGUGUGCAAAAACCCUGGGACAAGAGUAGACCCCAGGGGCCGGGAAUAUAGCUCAGCAGCACAAGCACCUGCCCGGCAAGUGCAGGGUCCUGAGUUCAAUUCCCAGUACCAAAAAAGUAAAAAAAUUAAGAGUAGACCCCAGGUAUUUGAAAAGCUACAAAUACUUGGAGCAGCAGUGUGACAGAAAAGUAGAGAGACAGAUCUCAGAGAGAUCCUCAGGACUUAGAAGGCCAUGUCAGGGAAUUUAGAUUUUGUUUGAUAGGUCAUGGACAUAUUCCUAAGGAAGAGAGUGACUUAGUCUAUUUUGUUCGCAAAAUAGCUCUUUCAUUGCCACAUGGAGAAUGACUGGGAGAAGAGGGAACCAUGGGAGAAGCAAAAAGAGCCUGGGCAGGAAACUGCUGGGGUCAUCUCUGUGAGAGACUGUGGGGGGUUGGAACUGGGAGUGGGGGCAGCAAGGACAGGCCAGUGUCAAUGGAGCUAAGGGACCCUUGGGCGCUGCUUUGGCUGUGAAGGGGAAUGAGGAGUCAGGAAAACUUAGGAUAAUUAAAGAGAACCAGGAGAAGCAAGUACACUGAGUUUCGUCCCUGGAAAAAUGGGACAUGUGCGUAUUAUGGAAUGGUGAGGGUGUCCAGCAGGCUCUGGACACUUAGAUCCAGAGCACAGAUACCGACCAGCCCAGAAAGGGACCAGUAUCACCAGUGCAGAGAGCAAGCCAUCCUUCUAAGAGGGGCUAUUUUUUUUUUAAUGCUUUCCUUUUGAUUUCUACUUUGAAAUUUUUCAAAUACCCUAUGCCAAAAUGCUUAUUCAAUGGACAUCCCUUCCUUUAUGUCAGCCAAUUAAUAGUAUUUUGCACAUUUACUAUUUUCCUCUUUAUGUGUUUGUAUAUCUUUCUUUCUAAUUCAUCUGAAAGUAAGCUGCAAAUGUCGUCCACAUCUUCUUUAACAUUUCAGCAGACGUCUCAAUAAAAAAAACAUUUUCCCAAAUAACUAUAAUACAACUGUCAUGCCUAAGAAACUAACAUUAGUUAAGUAACAUGAUGCCACUUAAUAUGUAAUUCGCAUGUCAGUUUUACCAGUUGUCCCCAAAAUUCCUUUGAAAGUUCUUUUUAUUUAUCCAGGUAUUUUAUUUACUUUCACA